AUGCAUCCCUCAAUAUCAAAACCAUCUUGUGGUACAGCAUCAGGAAAUUGUCAAAAUACACAAAAUACGCAAGUAACACAAACAACACAAGGUGACUGUCAAAGAACAGGAUGUCCAAAUGGCUUAUGUUGUUCAAAAUAUGGUUAUUGUGGAAAUACACCUGAACAUUGUGAUAAGACACCAAUAAGUGAUGGAAAUUGUAAAGCCCAAGGUUGUCCUCCGGGGCAAUGUUGUAGUGCUUACGGAUAUUGUGGUACAACAGCUGCCCAUUGUGGAAAUGCUGCUGGUAUUUCAGUUGAAAGAGGUAGUUGCCAAGAAACAGGUUGUGCACCUGGAUUUUGUUGUUCAAGAUUUGGCUAUUGCGGUAAUACACCAUUACAUUGUUCAGGUACAUCGGAAUCACAGUCUUCGGGAAGCACGAGUAGUGGUUCAAUAGAUUGUUCAAGUUGUACGGGCAGUAUUAUUAUCAAGUGUCCGAAAGCAUGUCGUGGCAAAAAAUUAAAGUCUUCUCUUUUUAAGCAAUAA